GUUAAAAAGCAGGCAGAAGACGUGACGUCAUUGAAAGUACCACUGAACAUUUCAUGACGUUUACACAAAGGUGCACGGAGGGAAGAGCAAAUUGCAACCCGUAAACAGUAGCGACAAAUCAAAUCAAAGCGAAUGUGACAAGACAGACACUUCAGUGAAGCAAGAUGAAUCCACUGACAUUCGUUACACACCCAAGUGUUCGGAUCAAGGGCACUGAAAACAACUACUCUCCAAGUGUCUGUCAAGAUACAUCAUGUACCAACAAGACCCCACACAUGCACUGUCCUUUCUGUGUGAAGUCAGACUCAUACCAAGACCCAGUAAUACUGAAGGCUCACUACAGAGUCAAGCAUGUUGACAAAGGCAUUGAAUUUGCUGGUUUGAAAGUGUUGCGAUGUUGUGACCACUGUGAUAUUGUUGGUGUAAUAAAGGGAGAGAAGAAGUUCAAAGGAGCUCACUGGCAUUGCUACAAGUGUCGGAAUGGCUUCAACAGACGGGAUGAGGCUAUCAAACAUUACAAGACACACUUCAGAAAUCCUCAAACAACCUUCCAAAUACAGAUUGCUCAAGAGGUGAAUCAGUGUAGCAGCAGUGCUUCUGACCCCACACACAGUAUUUGUUCUGACCAGGACAUCAUACACCCUGCCCUCACACAGGCUGCCUGUCUUGCCACUACAGACCACACAGUAUUGACAAGUAAUGGUGUGUGUAAGACCUCUGAAGGGACUGUCCAUGUCCAUUGCCGCCAACGAGACAAUAAAUACUGGCGAUGGUCAGACAAUCAUGAUCAUAUCUGAAGAACAGCUGGAGGCAGCUCAGAUAGAAAACACCUUUGGGACACAGAUAAUAUCAGCAGAGGAUGUAAGUUACCUUGAUCCGAAACAGUCACUUGAGAGGAAGUAUGAGUCCGCAGAAA